GGGCGCCGCCCGGACGGCGGGAGUGUACGGCGGCCACUGGCAUGUCGCUGCUGCGAGCUCUGCGCCUCUGCCUGGUCGCGCGGCCCCGGCGCUGCCCGCGGAGGGGGCUUGGCCCCAGCAGCGACCUGCCUUUCUCUGUGAUGCACCUUCCCCUUCCUCCAACCCCCAUUCGACUCCAUCCCUCCCCUCCCCCGCCCUCAUUGCCUCUGCGAGGUCCAGCCCUGGAGGGGCCUCUUUUGCUUCAGUCGCCCGAGCCAUGGCACUCAUUUCAUGCCGGGCGCUGGCUGUCUUCCUCGGCCUCCAGCAAGGAGCUCCUCAUGAAGCUGCGGCGAAAAACGGGCUACGCCUUUGUAAACUGCAAGAAAGCUCUGGAGGCUUGUGGCGGGGAUCUCAAAAAGGCAGAGAGCUGGCUCCAUAAGCAGGCCCAGAAGGAGGGCUGGAGCAAAGCUGCCAAGCUCCAUGGGAGAAAGACUAAAGAAGGGCUGAUUGGGCUGCUGCAGGAAGGAAACACGACAGUGCUAGUAGAGGUAAACUGUGAGACAGAUUUUGUUUCCAGAAAUUUGAAAUUUCAGCAGUUGGUCCAGCAAGUAGCCCUUGGAACCAUGUUGCAUUGUCAGAGCCUAAAGGAUCAACUCUCCUCGUACAGUAAAGGUUUCUUGAAUUCCUCUGAGCUCUCUGAACUUCCAGCUGGCCCUGAGACGGAAGGCUUUCUCAAGGAUCAGCUGGCCUUAGCAAUCGGGAAACUGGGAGAAAACAUGAGUCUUAAACGAGCUGCAUGGGUGAAGGUGCCAGCUGGGUUCUUUGUUGGCUCUUAUGUCCACGGAGCGAUGCACAGUCCCUCACUCCACAACCUGGUGCUGGGGAAGUACGGGGCGCUGGUCGUCUGCGAGACGUCGGAGCAGAGGGCAGACCUGGAGGACCUUGGCCGCCGCCUUGGGCAGCAUGUGGUGGGCAUGGCCCCGCUCUCUGUUGGCUCCCUGGAUGAUGAGCCUGGGGGAGAGGCGGAAACCAAGAUGCUGUCCCAGCCAUAUUUGCUGGAUCCUUCCAUCACAUUGGGACAGUAUGUGGAGCCCCACGGGGUGUCUGUGGUAGACUUUGUGCGGUUUGAAUGUGGAGAAGGCGAAGAGGCAGCAGAAGCUGAAUAGGUUCCAGAGACUUUUGUCCCAUCAGGAAAUGUUUAUUCUUAGUUCUGCACACUAAUUCAAAAAGGAGUUAUUUCCUAAGCCUCUUAAAACCCAGAAUUUGUUUUUCAUUUGAGUUUAUAAUGAAAUUUUAAACUUAAAGGGUAAAAUUAUUAAAUAAAUGUUAUAUAAUAAAGAGAGCUGAAUCUUU